AUGUGGGGUCCCAGGUGCGUGGUCUCAGUCGAAGAAGGCGGAGGCAGGGACGAGGCCGGAGCACUUAUCCUCACCCAAUAUGGGGUCCCAGGUGCGUGGUCUCAGCCCGAAGAAGGCGACGAGGCCGGAGCGCUUAUCCUCAACCAAAAGGUUCCAGGCGCGUGCUCGGAGGCGGGAGCGCUUAUCCUCAACCAAUAUGGGGUCCCAGGUGCGUGCUCUCGCGGACCAGGCUGGCGCAAUAUGGGGUUCCAGGCGCGUGGUCUCAGCCCGAAGAAGGCGGAGGUGGGGACGAGGCCGGAGCUGGGGUCCCAGGUGCGUGCUCGGCAGGGACGAGGCCGGAGCGCUUAUCCUCAACCAAUAUGGGGUCCCAGGUGCGAAAGCGGAGGCGGGGACGAGGCCGUAGCGCUUAUCCUCGACCAACGUGGAGUCCCAGGUACGCGAUCUCGGCCCGAAGAAGGUGAAGGUGGGGACGAGGGCGGAGCACUUAUCCUCAACCGAUAUGGGGUCCUAGGUGCGUGCCCUACCGCAGCGUGCAUCAGUGCCAGGUGCUUGAAGCCAGAGGAAGGCGAGCUUCAAGAGGAGGCGACAACAAGCUCGAAGGACUUACUCUCAGAAUACGUUCUCGGCGCGUGGUCUCAACCUGAAGAAGACAGAGGCGGCGACAAGGCCGGAUCGCCUAUGCUCAACUGUCAUGGGUUCCCAGGUUCGUGGUCUGGAGAGAACAGAAGCCGAGACCAGGCCGGAGUGCCUAUCCUCAGUCAAUAUGGGGUCCCAGGUGCGCGGUCUCAACUUGAAGAGGAUGGAGGCGGGAACCAGGCGUGGAAGCUCAAGAUGAAGAAGGGCAAGGACAAGGUGCGUAUCCUCAAGAAGAAGAAGGCCGGGAGCGGGAACGAAGCCGUGCAGGCUCACCUGCAUGGUGUCCCAGGUACGUGGUGCGUGGUCUCAGUCGAAGAAGGCGGAGGCAGGGACGAGGCCGGAGCACUCAUCCUCAACCAAUAUGGGGUCCCAGGUGCGUGGUCUCAGCCCGAAGAAGGCGACGAGGCCGGAGCGCUUUUCCUCAACCAAUAUGUUCCAGGUGCGAAAGCGGAGGCGGGGACGAGGCCGGAGCGCUUAUCCUCGACCAACGUGGAGUCCCAGGUACGCGCUCUCGGCCCGAAGAAGGUGAAGGUUCGUGGUCUGGAGAGAACAGAAGCCGAGACCAGGAUGGAGGCGGGAACCAGGCCGGAGCACUUCUCCUCAACCAAUAUCGGGUCCGAGGUGCGUGGUCUCAACUCGAACAGGAAGCUCAAGCUGAAGAAGACAGAGGUGUGGAAGUUCAAGCUGAAGAAGACACAGGCGUGGAAGCUCAAGCUGAAGAAGGGCAAGGACAAGGUGCGUAUCCUCAAGAAGAAAAAGGCCGGGAGCGGGAACGAAGCCGUGCAGGCUCGCCUGCAUGGUGUCCCAGGUGCGUGGUCUCAGUCGAAGAAGGCGGAGGCAGGGACGAGGUGCGUGCUCUCGCGGACCAGGCCGGCGCAAUAUGGGGUUCCAGGCGCGUGGUCUCAGCCCGAAGAAGGCGGAGGCGGGGACGAGGCCGGAGCUGGGGUCCCAGGUGCGUGCUCGGCAGGGACGAGGCCGGAGGGGACGAGGCCGGAGCGCUUAUCCUCGACCAACGUGGAGUCCCAGGUACGCGAUCUCGGUGAAGGUGGGGACGAGGGCGGAGCACUUAUCCUCAACCGAUAUGGGGUCCUAGGUGCGUGCCCUACCGCAGCGUGCAUCAGUGCCAGGUGCUUGAAGCCAGAAGAAGGCGAGCUUCAAGAGGAGGCGACAACAAGCUCGAAGGACUUACUCUCAGAAUACGUUCUCGGCGCGUGGUCUCAACCUGAAGAAGACAGAGGCGGCGACAAGGCCGGAUCGCCUAUCCUCAACUGUCAUGGGUUCCCAGGUUCGUGGUCUGGAGAGAACAGAAGCCGAGACCAGGCCGGAGUGCCUAUCCUCAAUCAAUAUGGGGUCCCAGGUGCGCGGUCUCAACUUGAAGAGGAUGGAGGCGGGAACCAGGCCGGAGCACUUCUCCUCAACCAAUAUCGGGUCCGAGGUGCGUGGUCUCAACUCGAACAGGACGGAGGCGAGGAGAGGAAGCUCAAGCUGAAGAAGACAGAGGUGUGGAAGUUCAAGCCGAAGAAGACACAGGCGUGGAAGCUCAAGCUGAAGAAGGGCAAGGACAAGGUGUGGAAGCUCAAGCCGAAGAAGACAGAGGCAAGGACAAUCCAAGGUAUGGAAGCUUGCGUGGAAGCUCACAAAUCGAAGAAGACAGAGGCAAGGAUAAGGUGCGUCAAGAAGAAAAAGGCCGGGAGCGGGAACGAAGCCGUGCAGGCUCGCCUGCAUGGUGUCCCAGGUGCGUGGUCUCAGUCGAAGAAGGCGGAGGCAGGGACGAGGCCGGCGCAAUAUGGGGUUCCAGGCGCGUGGUCUCAGCCCGAAGAAGGCGGAGGCGGGGACGAGGCGGGGACGAGGCCGGAGCGCUUAUCCUCGACCAACGUGGAGUCCCAGGUACGCGAUCUCGGCCCGAAGAAGGUGAAGGUGGGGUGCUUGAAGCCAGAAGAAGGCGAGCUUCAAGAGGAGGCGACAACAAGCUCGAAGGACUUACUCUCAGAAUACGUUCUCGGCGCGUGGUCUCAACCUGAAGAAGACAGAGGCGGCGACAAGGCCGGAGUGCCUAUCCUCAAUCAAUAUGGGGUCCCAGGUGCGCGGUCUCAACUUGAAGAGGAUGGAGGCGGGAACCAGGACGGAGGCGAGGAGAGGCCGGAGUGCCUAUCCUCAACCAAGAUAGGGAAGCUCAAGCUGAAGAAGACAGAGGUGUGGAAGUUCAAGCUGAAGAAGACACAGGCGUGGAAGCUCAAGCUGAAGAAGGGCAAGGACAAGGUGCGUAUCCUCAAGAAGAAGAAGGCCGGGAGCGGGAACGAAGCCGUGCAGGCUCGCCUGCAUGGUGCGUGGUCUCAGCCCGAAGAAGGCGACGAGACCGGAGCGCUUAUCCUCAACCAAUAUGUUCCAGGCCGGCGCAAUAUGGGGUUCCAGGCGCGUGGUCUCAGCCCGAAGAAGGCGGAGGCGGGGACGAGGGCGGAGCUGGGGUGCGAAAGCGGAGGCGGGGACGAGGCCGGAGCGCUUAUCCUCGACCAACGUGGAGUCCCAGGUACGCGAUCUCGGCCCGAAGAAGGGGAAGGUGGGGACGAGGGCGGAGCACUUAUCCUCAACCGAUAUGGGGUCCUAGGUGCGCGCCCUACCGCAGCGUGCAUCAGUGCCAGGUGCUUGAAGCCAGAAGAAGGCGAGCUUCAAGAGGAGGCGACAACAGGCUCGAAGGACUUACUCUCAGAAUACGUUCUCGGCGCGUGGUCUCAACCUGAAGAAGACGGAGGCGGCGACAAGGCCGGAUCGCCUAUCCUCAACUGUCAUGGGUUCCCAGGUCCGUGGUCUGGAGAGAACAGAAGCCGAGACCAGGCCGGAGUGCCUAUCCUCAAGCAAUAUGGGGUCCCAGGUGCGCGGUCUCAACUUGAAGAGGAUGGAGGUGGGAACCAGGCCGGAGCACUUGUCCUCAACCAAUAUCGGGUCCGAGGUGCGUGGUCUCAACUCGAACAGGACGGAGGCGAGGAGAGGCCGGAGUACCUAUGCAAGGACAAGGCUGGGAGGGCCCAUCCUCAACCAACAUGGGGUUCCGAGGUGCGGAAGUUCAAGCUGAAGAAGACACAGGUGUGGAAGUUCAAGCUGAAGAAGACAGAGGCGUGGAAGCCCAAGCUGAAGAAGGGCAAGGACAAGGCGUGGAAGCUCAAGCUGAAGAAGGGCAAGAACAAGGCGUGGAAGCUCAAGCUGAAGGAGACGGAGGCAAGGACAAGGCAAGGACAAGGCCGGGAGGACUUAUCCUCAACCAAUAUGGGUUUCCGAGGCGUGGAAGCUCAAGCUGAAGAAGGGCAAGACCAAGGCGUGGACGCUCAAGCGGAAGAAGACAGAGGCAAGGAGGAGGCGUGGACGCUCAAGCGGAAGAAGACAGAGGCAAGGAGGAGGCCGGGCGUGGACGCUCAAGCGGAAGAAGACGGGGGCAAGGACGAGGCGUGGAAGCUCAAGCGGAAGAAGACGGAGGCAAGGACGAGGCGAACACUGAAGGAGACGGAGUCGCCGAAGGCGAGCCAUGGAGAGUGCAAGGAAUAUGCCCGAUACUUGGGCAUCGACCCCGGAUACGAGGGAGAAGAGACACACAACGCGAUGUUGUGCCCGAGCCUCGGACGCUCUACGAGUGAGGAGUCCUGA